AUGCCUACAUCUGGAAUGUUCGACGUUUUUGCAGAACCAUCUGCCCAAGCCUUCAGUUUUCGUUUCCAUCGUUCGCCCCCUUCGUUGCCUUCUUCUUUCCAUCCGGUUCCAUUGUUCACCUGUUUCCUUGCCUUCUUCUCUUUUGAUUUGAAAAUCAAUCUCUAUCUAAAAGCUGUGCGCACGGGUAACGCCGCCGUCGGCGUACGUGGCACCGACACCAUCGUUCUCGGCGUCAAAAAGAAGUCCACAGCAAGCUCGAGGACUCCAGGGCCUGUUUGGAAUUCAAAGGAAAAUUGA